AUGACAGAAGUGUGCGUACCUGGUUAGACAGGCUUUUUUCAUACCUGUGGGUAAUUUAGUUAAUGUGAAUUGAACGCAGCUACAUUAGUAUAUUCAUGUUAACAUGAUUCUCCCUUUACACCAAAAGCAGGAAUAAUUAUAUCAUAUAUCAUCACACCAAUAUUGAUUGGAGUUGGUAUUCUGGGAGGAAUGGGAGGUAUAAAUAUAUUAAAUUUUAGGUGGAGUAUUGAAAGGACCACUUUUAGAAAUGAUACUUAAUUAUUCCUAAAGUGAAGCAACUCAUAUAGCAUAUUGUCUUAUGUUCGGAGGUACGCUUCUUAACACAGUUCUAUUGAUGUUCGAAAAGUAUUCACCUUAACUUAAUUAGGAAUCCUGAAGAUGAUAGAAGACCCAUUAUAAAUUACAGAAUUGCAAUAAUCUUUAAUCUUGCCGUUCCAUUUGCCACUAAUCUUGGUUCCUCCUUAGCGUCAUUUCUACCCCAAUUAUACACUCUUAUACUAUAAGAGUUGUUUUUAUUUGGAGUUGCUCCCAUUCUUUGGUCAAAAGGUAUAUAUAGAAUAAUUGUGUCAAUUAGCUAAAAGUGCUAAAGAAGCAGAACUGAAAAUAAAUGAUUCUUCAAAAGAUAACACCACAAAUUUAAAUGAUUCGAACAUACAUCCAAAAAUAGAGUUAUAGAAUAUGGAAGGAAUGUAAGAAUAAUAAGAAGAUACAAUCUAAGAAAUUAGAAAGAUAUCUAUAAUUUCUAAUGCAAAUUUAAAUCAAUCUCUCUAUUCAUAAUUUAAAUAAGAAUCAGAAAAUAUAUUACCUCCUAUGCCAAUUCUCUUUAUUCUUGGCUCGUUUGGAUUAAAUUAAGUAAGAGAUAUUUUUUAUACUAAUUAGAUAUUUAUUUAAAUGAGAUCUACAAAUCCCAAGAAACCCUCAUACGUUGGAAUUGAAGAUUGCACUUGGCAAAAUGAUUUUAUGAUUUUUAUAUUGAUUGUUGCCAACGUCCUAUAUGAUUAUUUGAUUUGGUAAUUUGGAACAAGUUAAGAGAAGCAAUUUAAUUAAAUUAACUUUUUGCCAAAAGAAAGAUACUUUACUCCAAUCAGUAGAUUUUUUAAGAUAUAUGCGGGUGGAUUUAUGGCUGGAUUUGUAUCAGGAUUCUUAGGAAUGGGAGCUGGAUUUGUGAUGGUUCCUACUUUGCUAUUUAGUGGCUUAAUCCCUAGAUGUGCUUCAGCUACAUCAGCUUUUAUUUAUUUAAUGAUUUCAUUAAAUAAUUUAAUUACUCUUCUUACAAAUCAUUACCUUGAUUGGCAAACCAUAAUUUUAUUUACUGGAUUAGCUGUAUAAUGUUAUAUCAUUCUAGAUUAUUGGAGGAUCAGUCUUUGCUAAAAUUGGUUACAUAUUAUUGAGUAAAUACAGAAUUGGAUAUUUCGUAAUUUUGAUUGUUUUUUGCCUAGACAUAGCAAAUAUCAUAUCUUAAAUAUACUAUGGAGUUGUAUUUGGUAAAAGGUAUGGGUUAGAAUAUUUAACUCAUGCAAAUAAACAGUGUUAGUGA